AUGAACAGAACAAUUGCCCGCUUAAAACCACUCCUCACGGCAAUUCCUUACCGUCAUGUCCGUUUCUAUUCCAAGCAAAAUGUCAUAUUCUUAACCGAGAAGGAGUUGCAAUCCUUUGAUUCGCUCGAUGACUCGGUUAAAGCAAGAUCCUUCGAUAUUCCCGAUGACUUUGACGACGUUCCCUCCGAACCUGUUGUGCGCUUUUCGCCUGAAGCUGAAUUUGGACGUAAGCGAAUCGGAUGCGUGGAGCUGCCGCAGCCGCUCGUAAAGGGCAUAACCGAUCUUAUUAAUGAUCACGAUAAGCGGCUUGUUCGUACCGAUGCUUUGCGAAUUUACGAAGCACUGCGUUCGACUGCACGUUUACCCAAAGAAGAAGACAAACCUUUGAACCGAUGGGAGAAAAAGAAAGAUAAAGCCCGGAAAAAGGUCUCUCCUGUCACGGAACCUCACACAUUAUCAUACGGUCCCCGUGAAUCGGUUGCCUAUGCAGCUGGAGCCAUGGCAUCAACUUAUGGUGCGAUAUACAAUGUUUUGGCGGAAGUGGCCAAACGCAUUCCCGAGUUUAACCCAAAGACAAUGCUUGAUUUUGGCACGGGGCCUGGCACGGCCAUUUGGGCGGCUCGUGAACUGUUCAAUGUUGAGAAGUUCGAAGGUGUGGAUCUUUCGGAAGAUAUGUUACGGGUGGCUGAACGUUUGGAAGGCAAGUUGUCCAUGCACGGAGAGAAUCGAUAUACACCAAUCGAUUUUAAACGAUAUCUGGCAAUCCAUCCAUCCGCUCCUAAAACUGACCUGGUGAUAAGCGCAUUUACGAUCGGCGACAUACCCUCUGCGGCGCUCCAAAAAUCCACGGUUGCACAAUUAUGGGAUCAAACGGGUGAUUUGCUGGUUCUUGUUGAGCGGGGUACUCCUAUCGGUUCUGCGAAUAUUGCGAGAGCGCGACAGUGGAUUCUGGAUUCGGAACGUGAACAGGGAGGUGCUGUUCAUACCGUUGCUCCAUAUCCGCAUGAUCUCCCCUGUCCCAUGUUAUAUUCCCCUGAUGCUAAACCUGAGCAAAUGUGGCAGCAUUUCUCUCAAAGAGUGCAACGACCGCCUUUCCUGAUGAGAACGAAGCAUUCAAAAUUAAAUACGGAGGAUGCCACUUACUCUUACUGCAUUAUGCGCCGAGGACCUCGACCUCAGCCUACGGAGGAAUCAUCAUUAGAAAUGCAAGCGUACAACUGGCCACGAUUGAUCCAACCACCACUUAAACGCAAGGGUCACGUUGUGAUGGAUAUUUCUGCUGCCAAUGGCGAAAUCCAGCGCAUGGUCAUUCCAAAGUCGCAAGGCAAAGUACCCUACCGCGAUGCACGCAAAGCAAUGUGGGGUGAUCUUUUCCCUCAUCUUUCCAAAAACAAAAUAGUGACGCGCAUGUCCAAAGGUGUGCCGGAGAGCGAGUCCGAUUAA